AGUUCUCCUGAAAUAUGUGGUGGUCUUGAGGACUGAGGAGACGAGACAACAAUGGCUCUUCCACUUGUCUUCUGCCAUCCCCAGACAUCUUCAAGUUUCAUCACGUCCUCAUCCCAACGAAGAACACGAGUCUUCUUAAUAAGGAACACCAAUCACGAUCCUCUUCCUAACGCCAGAACCAAUCUCCAGUUGACUCCCUCCAAAUCCAAUGGAAGAUUCAUUUCCAUUUCUCCUCCAAAGUCAUCAGCUUCAGUCAAUGGAUACUCUGUCAACAGUACUAUUAGCAAUCCCGAGGAUGUUGAUUUUCCAACAACAGAGGGCAGCGAGAAACUUAGUCAGAAUCCCAGAACAGUGAUUGAGUUUAUUAAGGAUAUAUUGCCAGGUGGUAGCUGGUGGAGGCUCUCUUCCUCGGACCAUGUUGAAGUUGUCCUAACGGCAAAACCGGUGACAGUUGUGCGAGCGCUUCGGCGGAUGUGGGAUUUGAUAAGUGAAGAUCGGUGGGUCAUUUUUACUGCCUUUUCUUCCUUGAUGCUGACUGCCCUUUCACAGAUCUCAAUUCCUCAUUAUCUGACAGCUUCAAUUUUUUCUGCCCAAAGUAACAAUGUAUCGGUGUUUUCCUGGAAUGUGAAGCUUUUGAUUCUGCUAUGCAUUACAUCAGGAAUAGGCAGUGGUAUAAGAGGUUGCUGUUUUGGCAUUGCAAAUAUGAUUCUGGUCAAACGAAUGAGGGAAAGAUUAUAUUCUACUCUUCUUCUUCAGGAUAUUUCUUUCUUCGACUAUGAGACAGUUGGUGACCUAACAAGUAGGCUUGGGUCAGAUUGUCAGCAAGUCUCACGCGUAAUUGGCAAUGACCUUAAUCUUAUAUCUCGCAAUUUGCUUCAGGGGACAGGUGCAUUAAUAUACUUAGUGAUCUUAUCAUGGCCACUUGGAUUGUGUACAUUCGCUAUAUGCGCUAUGCUGUCAACCAUAAUGCUGUUAUACGGCCAGUACCAAAAGAAAGCAGCUAAAUUGAUCCAAGACUAUGGUGCUUCAGCCAAUGAAGUUGCUCAAGAGACUCUGUCUUUAAUGAGGACUGUAAGAGUGUAUGGUACUGAACAACAAGAACUUGGAAGGUACAAUAACUGGCUGGAGAAAUUAGCGGAUAUAAGUUUGAGACAGAGUGCUGCAUAUGGACUUUGGAACUUCAGCUUCAACACCCUCUACCAUUCAACACAGGUUAUUGCUGUGCUGAUCGGAGGAAUGUUUAUACUGACUGGUCGUAUAACAGCAGAGCAACUUACAAAGUUCAUAUUAUACAGCGAAUGGCUGAUUUAUUCAACAUGGUCGGUCGGAGACAGCUUGUCAUCAUUGAUGCAGUCUAUAGGAGCCAGUGAAAAGGUUUUCCAACUGAUGGAUCUUCCACCAAGUAAUCAGUUCAUAUCAACUGCAGGGUCAAAAUUGCAAAGACUGGUAGGGCAUAUUGAAUUCUUGAGUGUCACCUUUUCCUACCCUUCAAGGGCUUCGGUUCCAGUAUUGCAACAUGUAAACUUCCAAGUGCAUCCUAAUGAAGUAGUUGCAAUUGUUGGUUUAAGUGGAAGUGGUAAGAGCACUCUAGUGAAUCUGUUGCUCCGCCUUUAUGAACCAACAGGUGGCCAGAUAAUGAUUGAUGGGCACCCAAUUAAAGAUUUGAACACCAAGUGGUUAAGGGAAAGAAUCGGUUAUGUGGGACAGGAACCUCGGCUUCUCCGUACUGAUAUCAGUUCAAAUAUAAGAUAUGGAUGUCCCAGGGUGGUAAAUCAAAAGGAUGUAGAAAGGGCCGCCAAGCAAGCUUAUGCCCAUGAAUUUAUUUCAUCUUUGCCUAAUGGCUAUCAAACUCUUGUGGAUGAUGAAUUGCUCAGUGGAGGGCAAAAGCAGAGAAUUGCUAUAGCAAGGGCAAUUCUUAGGGACCCAGACAUAUUGAUCCUAGAUGAAGCCACCAGUGCACUGGAUGCUGAGAGUGAGCACAACAUUAAGGGUGUCCUUCGUGCAGUCAGAAGUGACCUAAAGACAAAGAGAACUGUCAUAGUGAUUGCACAUAGGCUUUCUACAAUACAGGCUGCUGACAAAAUAGUUGUCAUGGAAGGUGGUAAAAUUGUUCAGGUAGGUAGCCACUCAGAGCUACUACUGAAAGAUGGUUUGUAUUCACGAUUAACAAGAAGACAGGCCGAUGCUGUGGUACCAUCUUAGUAUUGGUCGAUGUUUGGCAGUUUCAGUGCAUUCUUUCCUAUUUCCAUUUUUUUAUUUGCUAUAGCAGAGGUUACAUCACUUUUGGGAGCCAUGGAUUACCAGUGUCAGUUCAGGAGAUUUCUCCACAGAGAAAAUGGCAAGGUUAAGCGAUUAGUUUGCUGCUGUUCAUAAUUGUCCUUUUCUUCUUUCCAAAGAAGACUAGGUUGCACUUCAGUCCGCUUAGGCCAUUUUCAAAGGAGUAAUGCAGCUCAUGGAGUUGCUGCUGCUACAUUCUACUGCGAGCUUUUUCUCAUUCCUCAAAUCAUAUGAGUAGUUCAACAACAAUCUGCUGUGAUCUGCUGCAGACCAAGCGGUAGAGCCCAAUACCUAGGCAGCUUUUGAAGUUUCUGCGACCCUAAACCAUACUUCUUGUCCACAGUUCUUGUACUUGAACUAUAUGAUCUGUUAUAACUCAAGGGCUCUUUUUCUUUUAGAGGGAACUUGAGGCAUAUGUUGGAACAUGCAUAAGCAUACUGUUGUAUGUUUUAUGGUCCUAAUCAAUUCAUUUACUACAUUCAGUUGAUACAAGAUA